CUCGUUCAAUCUUCGCCCGCGUAAGCGCGUGAAAUGUCGCGGCGACUGGCAAAGUGCGCGAAACCGUGUCCGCGUCCCGUCCGCGUCCGCAGCGCGCGAUAACGUUUGUCCCACGCGUCGCACGUUCCGCCCGGCCGGCCGCGUUAUCGCGCGGAACCGCUCCGCUUUUCCCCAGGCCGCAAUUUUCACACGCAACAGCGGUGCACUGUGGGCCAGCAAUGGUGGGCGCGUGAUUUUGAACAAUUCGAGCUAUCGAAGGAACGCGCAGGUACGUGUGGUGUUGCCGGACGACGGGGUACGCGCUCGACGCCGUGCCCGUUCCCGUCGCCCCCCUGGGACUCGGUGACAUCGGGCUCCGUCCGAGAUCGCCGAGCGACGGGCGGGAUCGCGCCGCGCUCCGGCCGCGAGCCCCAAUUUCGCCGUUCGACCCCGCUCUCGGCUGGCCCCCUUUCCGCUCCCCCCGCGUCACCGCCUUCCCGCCUCUCUGCCGCUGCUGUUACGAUCGCGAAAACUCCGUUUGAGGUUAGGUCCCGCGCCGUCUCUCGGCUUCGCGCCGUAGCGCGCGCGCGCGCUCACGCGACGUCCCGCCCGUCGUCCGUCGUCGUGCGUCGGGGCCCAGUGCCCCCCUCGAGCUUGCACGCGUGCGAGUUGCUCGUUGCUCGCGGGCGCGCUCGAAAAUCCACAUCGCGAAAAUGGCGCGUUCCGCCGAGAAAUGGCGCUGAUGUUCCACGGCGACUUCGCACUUUCGCAUUCGCGCUAUCUCGCUCGGUUUAUUUCCCUUUUUUCCCUCUCUCUCUCUCUCUUCCUUCUUCACGGCGCGUUCGAAUCCGUGUUCACGUUCGACGUGUUUCGAACGCACGCUGAUCGCGUCGAACUUCGCUUGGGUUGAACGGCCGAACGCGGGCAUCCCGCUACUUUUCAAAAGGGCGACCACGACGGAUUUAAAUCCAAUUAUCUGACGAUCGCUUUUCAAAAUUUCGGACCACAGUGGCGACGGAGCGGUGGAAUCGCGGCGACAGAUCGUACGUUCGCAUAAGUGAACAAAAUCACGGUACUAUCGUCAUGUCCGCUAAUAAGGGGCAAAACGCGAGGGCCCUGGUGGAGCCUCUGGGAUUGGAUUCGCGCACGCUAGGCGACAGCGAUUUAAGCGCACUGAGCUUAUCCCAGGGCAGUGAGCAGUACACGUCGAACGACUUUGAGGAAUUUGCGAAUAUUCAAGCGGAACUUGAGUGUAUGAACUCGGAGGGAGUUACGACGGACGACGAACGGAUAAUAAUCGAGCGGAACGUUGAGACUGACAUAGUACCUGAUGUGGAGAUGACUGAAAUUCCCGAGCAAGUGCGGACCGAGCACAUUUACACGAUGGCGAAUCAAAACAGCCAGAAUAUUGUGUUUCAAACGAAGCCGACCUUACAGAGAGUACCGAUCUCGGCGGUCUCGGCGGUCCAGGUAACGUGUCCACGCUCGAUUCCUGACGCGCUGUUCAAACGCAACGCUCCGUUUACGACGACUUCCUCUCUUCAGAUGAAGCCAAACAUCUGCCCGGCCACGCAGAGCCAGUCGAUUAUGAUAGUGUCGCCUGCGAGCGGACAGGGUACCAGUCAAAUUCUGAAGAUAUCGCACCCGCCGACAGCCUCGGCCGAGCAAUUGCAGUCUCUAGCCCAGACCCUGAUUACCGGCAAAUCCAUGGAUGGAAGUGUCGUUCAGUUAAGGACCACUCAGCCCGCCAAGUCUAUCGCGACGACUAAUGCCUCCGGGAACAUCACGAUCAGUAACAUGCAGAAUGUUAAGUUUUCACAGCCAUCGCUAAAACGGUCAACGCAGAACGUCUCGCAAGGACGUAACGUAUACACGAAAAUGAUAUUGACAGGAAGUCAGCCGCAGUCUGGUACUCAGCAAGUUCUCAUCACGAGCUCACAAAGCGAGAAUCAGCCGGCUCAGGGGAUCAAAUUCCUCAAUAGUACCUCUUCUAAUUACGGCAGCCCGUCGAAAAAUAUAACGUUGGCACAGAUGGGUAUACUCUCCACCAACAAGCAACAUAUUUUGCCGUCGUCUUCGCCAAAGCAGGGUAUGAUACUGAACAAGUUGUUACAAUCUUCAACAUCUCAAUCACCGAAAGUAACCAUAGUACCAGCGAAUACCGCAAAAUCACCAACGAAAAUCCUUCCUGCGCCAACUAUGAGCCUUCAGGCCAAGUGCUUGACGACGACGAAUCAGCAGCCCACAUUCGUUACGACUAAAUCAUCCAUGCAGCAAAAUCCACAGAAAGUGAUCAUCAGACAGGGUUCUUUGAAGCCUGGCAACGUACUUGGAGGUGGACAAGUCAUUAGAAUUCCUGCUAAUCAGAACAUUGUGACUGGAUCAAAUCAACUCCAUCAAAUUCAGAUGUCUGGACGACAAGUGCAAUAUGUGAGAUUGGUUAGUACCCCCUCAACAGGAUCUACCAAUGUCGUUACUGUGGGCAAAUCAAAGGCCAGCACAACACUUCAGACUGUAAAUAUUGGUCAGAAAAUAGGAAAUCAACAACAGAUUGUAAAGGUUGUGCCGCUGAAUACCGGAAGUCAGUCUCUGAGAACUGUUGCGCCGAAGGCAACGCUGACAAGUGGCAGUCAAAAAUUAAUCAUACCUGCAGCGACUGCUGCCGCAGCAACUGUCGGCGGUCAAUCAAAGAAUGCGGUGGCAAUCCCUGCAUCAGCGUUGAGCCAGUUAGCGUCAGGACAGGCGGUUCUGUCAACGAAUCCGAAUGUUGGGAACAUCGUUGUUCUACCUGCUCAAUAUAUUCAACAACAGUCGACAACAGAUGAGGCAAAAUUGAAGUCCCAAACAUCGCCGGGUCUCUUAGGAAAUUCACAAAGUUCUGCAGCGACUCUGUGCGUGAUUGAUGGAAAGAAUACCCCAAGAACUAUUUACAGCAAUGUGGAACCGAAUGGCAUCAGGCCAAGAAAACCGUGUAACUGCACCAAAUCACAGUGUCUUAAGCUUUAUUGCGACUGCUUUGCGAACGGUGAAUUCUGUCACAUGUGCAAUUGCAAUAAUUGCUCAAACAAUCUUGGUAACGAGGAAGAGCGACAACGUGCGAUCAAAUCCUGCUUGGAACGCAAUCCUAACGCCUUCCGACCUAAAAUCGGAAAAGGCCGCGAGACAGGCGAAGAUAUAAGGAGACAUAACAAAGGCUGCAAUUGCAAACGUAGUGGUUGCCUUAAAAAUUAUUGCGAAUGUUACGAGGCCAAAAUUCCAUGCUCUGGAAAUUGUAAGUGUAUAGGCUGUCGCAAUAUUGUGGAUCCAAUUUUGCAAAAAAAAUCUUUAAAAGAUCUUGCAGAAGCAACUGAAGUCAAAACAACUCAGCUUAGUUUAAAUAAAGCGCAGUUACAAUUGUCUGAAAUGGCAUUUAGACCUACUGCAUCAUCCAACACUGGUACAAGACAACCAUUCAAUUUUCUGACGGAGAAGGUAGUAGAGAUAACAUGCCAAUGCUUAAUGGCGCAAGCCGACGAAGCGGAACGUAAUAUGCUUGACGAUGAGGCAUCCCAGCGUCUUAUCAUUGAGGAGUUUGGUCGAUGCUUAAAAGAGAUCAUCGAGUCGGCGCACAAAGCUGAAGCUACUUAGCAGGUGCACUUGCGAUAUUCGCAUUGUAAUUUUCAUCUGUCAUUAUUGAUUCUGAGAAUGGAAUAUAAAUAAAGAUAGUAUAAUGUGUGUUGGUACCAAAGACGUUAUAUCACACGAGAUGCGAAAAGGCUUCAGAACUUUUCGAACUCACAGAGUUAUUCUUAAGCGCCUUUCAGAGCGAGUUUGCGACGAAUAACUCCGCGCGUGAGUUUACUUCCGAGUAAUAUAUGGGAAUGAUAUAAGCUAUAAAAGAGCAAAUUGUUUCCUUCAGUUUUUGACUAAACAAAAAUGAUGAUCUAUAAUUCAAACAUCAAUGUAAGAUGCUUUUAUUAGUAUUCUAAAAAUGAAUAUUUCUGACUUUUCAAUUUCGAAUGAGGCAAAAGAAGUGGUGUCAAUUUGCUGAUAAACGAGAAUUUUUUUAUUUCAUACAUUUUUCAAAUGUAGCAAAUCACAUACUGGUAAAUAAGAAGCGAUAGCUCAUCUUACAGUUCAAUUGCGUAAUCAUUACCAUUUAACAAAUUUAUAGUGUUCAGAGAAGAUGAUAAAAUAUUUCGUGAGUUUAUCUCGUCAAUUUAUCGGUUGCAUUUCUAUAUUUUUAGAGAUAAGUCGUUAUACUUGCGAAAUAUAUAUUAGAUGCUAAAAUUAGAAUAAUUAUAGCAGAAAUUUCAUUAAGCACCUUUCUUUAGUUUAUUUAAUUGCAGAGAAGAGAAAUGUCUAUAAUGGUCUAAGUCACAGUUGUUACGUACAUCUCAACUAAUAAUAGUACAAAUAUAUAAAUUUUACUUGUAUGUUCUGAAACAUAUAAAUGAAACAUAUAAUUAGUAAUGUUAAUACGUUAAUUAACGUUAUUAAUAUGAGAUAUAACAACUGCUACUUCAGCUUUUAUAAGAUUUUCCUUCUUCCGUAGAGUCUUUAUAUAUUAUUUACACCGUAUAUAUUAUUUAAUUGUGAAUAUUAGGUGUUUUAAUAGCAUUAUAGGUAUCAAAUAAAGCUCUACUUUCAGUAAAAGGUACUUGAUAAAUGAAUUCUGUUAUUCGUUAAUACUCUUAACUUAGUACAUCCUUAGUUUUUAACGGCUUGUAACUUAGGUUUAUCGACGGCUCGAUGUUGAUCGAAACAAACGACAUCGUUUAGGCUAUAAGAGAAAAUAUGCGAUAUUUGAAGCACCCUGUAUUAUAUAUAAACAUACAUACACACAUGUGUAUUUCUCAAAUUAAAAUUCUACGAUCGAGAAAGUGCAGCUGCAGUUUAUAUAGAUAUUUAUAUGCAUUCACAUUAUAUUAUAUGCAUUGCAAUUAAAAUGUACAGUACAUCAAAAUAGUCUCUCUUGUUUUGUCUGCAUCCACAAAGAAUAUUUCUAUUUAAAUUCUGCUCUUAACUUGAGAAACGAUUUGUUUAUUAUUCUCUUCAAUCGUUUCCUUUUUCUUUCCCUACUUCUCUUUUGAUGUUCAAUAACGUAAAAAUAUUUUAACAAAUUGCGAUCUGCAGUAACUUUAAGUUACUGCAAUAUAUAAUGAAUCUGUUGGCGGAUUACAAGGUGUUAAUCCUCGAAAUAUCAUAUUAGGGAAUAAGAGAUAUUUAAUUGUAUGUAAUAUUUUUUCUAUAUACGCAUGUGUGCGUAUAUAAUAAGAUGUAUCGUAAAAAGAAGUCUUGUUAUUAAAAAAUAUAGUAUUAAUCAAUACUAUACUCGCAUAAUGUAUAUUUAUAUUACGUA